AUGACAAUGACAUAGUACAAGUACUUAUUUGUGAAAGUGAUUUAGUACAAGGACCUAAAAUGACAUUUAACCCCAAAAUAUCACUCGCUAUACCGCAAAAACAAGGCGUGUAAAGGUUCUGGAGAGAAUCAGAUAACAAAUUGGAGAUGGCAACAAAGGAAACAAUAAUCAGAUCGAAAUCAAAUUCUUCCGUUCGGCUCCUGAUCCUCUCUCUGCAACCCUAAGCUCCUAGCCUACUUCGCACGUCUUUGCCACCGCCACUGGAGGACUCCUCAGUCCGGCAGUACGUCAGUCCGACUCCCUCAGUCUCGCCGCAGGUCCGCCGUCAGAAGUCCGGCCGCGCCUCCCUCCGUCGCGAGCCAGCUGCCUCCCUCUUGUAAGAGGGGGGGAGGCGUUGGGGUGUCGAAAAAGUUUGAAUCUUUUGAAUUGGUUUUCCACUUUUCAUGCUUGAAGUGUGUUCAGAACAAUGCAGAAGGAUAUAGGAUCACCAACAUCUACGCCUAGAUUGCGGCAUAGGAGACGAUCGAAUGAGAUUCCACAGGAGAUAAAUAAAUCAAAUGGCGACCAUUUACUCAUUAAUGACCAAAACAAGUACAAAUCAAUGUGGAUUCGCACGUUGUCAUCCUUUUGGAUGCUCGGGAGCUUUGUGUUUGCUCUUUAUAUGGGGCAUCUAUACAUUUGGGCCAUGGUGGUGGUUAUCCAAAUAUUUAUGGCAAGUGAGCUCUUCAACUUACUUAGGAGAGCUCAUGAAAAUAAGCGUCUUCCUGGGUUUAGGCUAUUGAACUGGCACUUCUUCUUCACUGCAAUGCUUUUUGUAUAUGGCCGUAUUAUCAGUCAGCGACUUGUGAACACGGUCACAUCAGAUAAUAUCUUCUACAGGCUUGUUGGUGGUUUUGUCAAGUACCACAUGGCCAUAUGUUAUUUUCUAUAUAUUGCAGGGUUUGUGUGGUUCAUCUUGACAUUGAAGAAGAAGAUGUACAAGUAUCAAUUUGGCCAAUAUGCUUGGACACACAUGAUUCUCUUUGUAGUAUUCGCUCAAUCUGCAUUCACUGUGGCCAAUAUCUUUGAAGGGAUCUUUUGGUUUCUUCUCCCGGCAUCACUUAUCGCAGUCAAUGAUGUUGCUGCUUAUUUCUUUGGCUUCUUUUUCGGCAAAACUCCUUUGAUCAAAUUGUCUCCAAAGAAAACGUGGGAGGGUUUUAUUGGGGCUUCUGUUGCCACUAUGAUUUCAGCAUUCGUGCUUGCAAACAUCAUGGGCCAGUUCCAGUGGCUAACAUGUCCUAGAAAAGAUUUGUCGACAGGGUGGCUUGACUGUAAUCCUGGUCCUCUUUACAAACCUGAGCCCUAUCCUUUACCCGAAUGGCUUCCUCAUUGGGUACCUUGGAAGGAGAUUUCAAUCUUGCCAGUCCAGUGGCAUGCGCUGUGGCUGGGUUUAUUUGCAUCAAUUAUAGCUCCUUUUGGAGGCUUCUUUGCCAGUGGAUUCAAGAGGGCCUUCAAAGUGAAAGAUUUUGGGGAUAGCAUACCAGGACACGGUGGAUUCACAGAUAGAAUGGAUUGCCAGAUGGUGAUGGCAGUCUUUGCUUACAUCUAUCACCAGUCGUUUGUUGCUCCUAACGACUCGUCGAUCGAGAUGAUUAUGAACCAGAUAUUGGGCAGCCUAACGCUGGAAGAGCAGCGAGAUUUGUACAUGAAGCUAGGGCAGAUACUUCAGGAGAGGCUUAGACUAUCAUCGUGAAGUUCUGUAGAUAACAUCUGUGCUUGCUUUUACUCUUGAGUGCUUACAAACUUCCCCACCCCCCUGAUGGAAGAUAAAUCUUAUAGCGGCGGCUUCCUUUUCUCGCCCCCCUUUUCCCUUUGGGACUCAAGCUUCUGUUUAGCUCUUAUCCCCUUUUUUUGCAGCUAAUAUUAUCAUUCUUAUCAUAUGGCCUUCUGAUUUGUAAUCGAUAUUCGCCCCGAUGUAUCAUAUUAGCUACACAAAAUCUCUUCUUUGGUGCUAAACGAUUUGUAUUGCGGGGAAUCGAGAGAUUUCAAACUUGUUGAAGAAGAUCCCCUCGAGUAACAGAAGUUGAUGUCGAAGUUGUGAUAAGUACAAGUGUGAUUGAAUGGCUAGCAUAGAACCCAUUCUAAAGAGUUUGGUGGGUUGUCUAACAAUUGCUUCAAAAUUAGAUUGUCC